UACAGAGCGGUCCAUUGGAGCCGCAGUGUUGUUUCACAGCAACCAUUCCGGCAGAGAGACAGAAGAGAAGAACAAUAAUUCUAUUGUGUAUUUUGGGGAUUCUUUUAUUGUAUAUAUUUGUGAUGGAAGAAAAUAUCAUGGACAUAAACAAGAUUUCCGUUCGGAUGCUUGUUGAGGAAGUGCAGCAUUCGAGUGUGAGGUUUUGAUGCUUUUUUGGGAUCCAGUAACGGAACUGAACCAUCACACACACACACACACACACACACACACACACACUAAAGGCUUUUAUUUCUCGCCACGAUGAGGUUGUCUGCGAUUUUGAUGAACACUUCUGCAAAAAUUGAGUAUUACUCCAGGUUUUCACCUUCUCCUCUCUCCAUCAAGCAGUUCCUCGAGUUUGGAAGGGACAAUGCGUGUGAGAAAACCUCCUACAUGUUCCUGAGGAAGGAGCUGCCAGUGCGACUGGCCAACACCAUGCGGGAGGUCAACCUGCUUCCGGACAAACUGCUGAGUCAGCCUUCGGUCCGACUGGUGCAGAAAUGGUACAUGCAGAGUUUUCUGGAGCUGCUGGAGUAUGAAAACCGGAGCCCCGACGACCCGCACGCCCUGAACGACUUCCUGGAGGUCCUUAUCGAGAUCAGGAACCGACACAACGACGUGGUUCCCACCAUGGCCCAGGGCGUCAUCGAGUACAAGGAGAAGUUCGGCUUCGACCCCUUCUCCACCUCAAACAUCCAGUACUUCCUGGAUCGCUUCUACACCAACCGUAUCUCCUUCCGCAUGCUCAUCAACCAGCACACGCUUCUGUUCGGUAACGACACGAACCCGGCGCAUCCCAAACACAUCGGCAGCAUCGACCCGGCGUGUAACGUCGCCGACGUGGUGAACGAUGCAUACGAGAUGGCCAAGAUGCUGUGUGAGCAGUACUACCCCACUGCCCCGGCGCUCAACAUCAAAGAGUUUAACGCUAAAGCUCCUGAAAAGCCCAUCCAGGCCGUGUAUGUGCCGUCUCAUCUGUUCCACAUGCUGUUCGAGCUCUUCAAGAACGCGAUGCGAGCCACAGUGGAACAUCAUGGAGAAAAUAAAGAGCUUCCUCUUGUUAAGGCCAAAGUGACACUGGGGAAGGAGGAUCUCUCUGUAAAGAUCAGUGACCGAGGUGGAGGCGUCCCUCUUAGGAAGAUCGACAGACUCUUUAAUUACACCUACUCCACCGCCCCGACCCCGAGCUUAAACUCCAAACGAGUUCCACUGGCCGGAUUCGGUCACGGGUUGCCGAUCUCCAGACUCUACGCUCGCUAUUUCCAGGGAGAUCUGCAGCUCUACUCGAUGGAAGGCGUUGGUACGGACGCGGUCAUCUACCUGAAGGCUCUCUCCAGCGAAUCAUUUGAGCGGCUGCCGGUGUUUAACAAGUCGGCGUGGAGGCAUUAUCAGGGCGGCCCGGGGGCAGACGACUGGAGCAACCCGAGCAAAGAGCCACGGGACGCGUCCAAAUACAAAGCGAAGAGAUAAAUCCACCUUUAGUGCAUCAGUGCAUCCAUCUCUCUCUCCUUCCCUCUCGACGCUGAGUGAUCUCUCUCUCUGCACGCGUGUGUGUGUGUGUGUGUGUGCGCACCCCUCAACACAUCCCUCUGCUUUUUAUCCCUUUUCUGUAAUUUCAUGUUGACACAGCGCCCCUAGUGGUCAGAGAGAGAACAGAGACAGCAGAGGCCUUGACUUCGUGUCUUCAGUGCCACUGAUAAUAAUAAUAAUAAUAAUAAUAAUAAUAAUAAUAAUAAUAAUAAUAAUAAUAAUCACCCCUCUUCAGCUCACCUUAACAACAGACAGGGAAAGUAGGGACGUGUUUCACGCCACACAAAGAUAUUAACCGUGUGCGUCUCCGUAUCCGACGCUGAUCAAAUAUUCACCCGGGUUUCGUUAAGCAAUUCCGUAACGCCCGAAUGAACAACAGAGAGAAGAGGGAAGAUAUUUUACUAAAGUCCAGGAGUAAAUUCUGUCUAGAUUCUCUCCAGUUAUGUACACACACACACACACACACACACACACACACACACACACACACACACACACUCGUAUGCACAUAGUUCCUAGUUCUAGUUAAUGUAGGGUUAUUAACUAUAAAAAUUAUUAAUUAGGUCGCAAUUUGAAGGGACGUGCAAAUAGAGCUUUGACUGCCAUUAAAAAAGGAUUCAGGGUAUUAAAAACGGAGCUUCCUGUGAGUCAUUAUUUAUAAAAUAGUGUUUACACAUAUUUAUGUUUCCCCUGUUUAUCGCCACUGAAGUGUAAAACGGUAAAUUAUAUAGAUAAAGUCAUUCCAAAAACCACUACCACCGUGCCGGCACGAACACUGCAAUACUGUACACAGCAAAGAUUUCUGUUUAUGCAAAUUGGCAAAAAAAAAAAAAGAUUUUAAACUUUUAUUUUUAUUUAAAUUAUUCAGAUUCUGAAAACCUGCUCAUUUUUCUGCCCCGUGAGCGUAACAGUUCAGCUGCUAGUCACCGUUAUGCAAAUUAUAAUUGCAGUAAAUGUAUUGGGAACAACAAUUUAUUGGGAUUUUUUUUCCAGUUUUUUUUUUCCCCCCAGUUUUUUUCCAGUUGUGACCUGAUGAAAGGUUUCAUGAAGUUCUUGAACAUCCGUUGAUCAAAAGCGCGUCGUUGUUCCUCUGUUCGGCGGAAGCCAGCGUGUGUGUGUCGCAAAUCAUCUUUAGUAUAUUUGUGUAUUUAUUCCAAGGCGCUGUUAAAUCCUCGAUGCUGAUUGGUCCUGAGCGCAUGGCUAUGACGUAGCAUCGGCAAAAUUGUCGGUUCGAAUCGCCGUUGUGACGCUUUACCGUUUCUAUCGCUGUAAAAAAUCAGUAGACGUCGAGCGCCGUGUUUUUUUUGUUGUCAUUUCUUUUAGUUUAAAGCGGCUGUAAUAUCGGUGAAAAUUUCGUGGAUAUUACAUGUAACUGUAAACAGAUAAAAAGUUCUUUAAUAUGAUAAAUGUUGUACUCGCUGGCGCCCCGCUGUGGUGAACGAGGAAUAAAACAUUUAUACAAACAUUCCUACUGGAUUUUUUCAGAGCGCUGGUUUUUUUUUUUUCCCAGCAUGCUUUAGGUUUUGCGUGUUUUCCAGAACGUUAGUUUUUUGUAUUAGUCACGUGACAGCAGAUUCGCUCAAUGUUACGUUUUUUUGUGGUUUAUUGUGGUUUUAUUGUUUAUUCCAUCAUCCAGUGUGACCACCUCAGACUAUAAUAAAACCUUCAAGUCUCCAUCGA